AUGCUGGCGUCGCCGAGCUGCUCGACCGAGCAUCUUCCACACCAGUUCUGCCAACAGCACUAUCCGGCGAAGAGCAUCUUGAGAGCUCCGCGACUCACCGCCGCUCCGAAGCAACUCUCGUUCGACGUGCCGCCUUCUCCAGCACCGUCGCCAAAGUCGAGCUGCGUCAGUGCUUCCGGAAGUUAUCACAUGUUCGAAAGGCCUGCCAGGAUCAGGAAUUCCAUGCAGUAUUCCUACAAGAAUUCGACGAGUCCCAACUCGUCCUACAUGACUGCACCGACUAUUUCCGGCUCGUCGUAUGGCGGCUUAGCGCGGAGAGACCCAUCGAUAUGGCGACUGUCCACGCUUCAACAGCGUUCAAACUCCGAGUCUAUGUUUCGCAACUGUCCGCAUGUGGAUCCUGGCGUUGCAAACGGAGGAAGAAGGAUGAGCAUGGCCUACUUGCCGACGAGGGAACAGGCUUUGCUUCGAAGGAUUCUCGGCCCUCAGGGCUUAAGCUGGAUCAGCACUGAUCGUGAGGGUUUUUUUCUCAUUGGAUAGUCUGAUAAUAACCAGCAAAAAUUUUUCUUUAAUCAUUGAGAAAUAGGUUUUUUUUGGAAGGGCCUUUAAAACCUUUAGCAAAUAGAUAUUUCAAGAACCCUUUGAGUUUUUGAGGGUAAGGGAUGGUCCUAUAACUUUGAACACAAUGAAAAAUUUUACUUUAUCCAGUUUUGAGCGUUUUGAGCCGAGAUAUACAUUUUUGAAGUUUGCAAUGACUAAUUUGACGCAAAUUAAGGAAAAAACAAUAUUUCGAGAACCCUGAGAGUUCUUGAGAGUACCUGAUGUUUCUAUAUAAAAAUGAUUCUCUGAACACGAUACAAACUUGACCUUACCCGAUUUUGGGCAUUUUGAGCCGAGAUAUGAAUUUUUGAAAUUUACAGUUUCUAUUUUGACUAAAAUUUGCGUCUUAAUGAGCUAAAAAUAUAGCGGAUAUUCGGCUGGAGCCCGGUGACCGUGCUCUUGGUGGAAGCUUUGUAAUGAGAGCAGCCACUUCGAGUGAAGACUCAACACGGACUUUAAAUUUGACACCUUCUCUUUCAUUAUUUUCAGUCUUGCUUUUCAGGUGAAACAGCGUCGCGAAAAUCUGUUUCGAUUGCCUAUUCGAAUGACUUAGAGGCAGGAGGGAAAAACGCCGGUUGCGGUGGAGCUUUCAAUGGCGAAGAUCCGACCACUCCUUUGAUGAAUAGUAAAGACGAAAACAGGUUAAUUCAGCUGAUUGAACGACUCAUUGAAAAAAUAUGCAAAGGCUGUGUGAAAAAAAUUUUUUCGCAGACUCGGAAAAAACAUUUUAUGUCCGAACUUUUUCGAAAAAUCCAUCAAUUAAUAGAGACAAUUCAUAAAUUAAUAAAGGACACUUACAGCCAAGAUUAUGAUUUUUUAGAAAUUAUCAAAUAACCUUAAAGUGAAGGUUUUUUCUUAAUUUGAGGUCUUCUUCAAGGUUUUUUGUGAACUCCGUUUUUCUAGCAAUAUCAAGCUCACAAUACUCCAAAACAUAUCGCAUGAAGUCGCACAACAUAAAUGUUGAAGGCUUACGUGGAAAAGUUUCAGUCUAGACUGACUGAGUUGAAACUUUCAGGGUUAACUUUUGAACAGUUCUUAAAAUCAUAUGGUCGGCAAGAAUGAUUGCUCCAUUCGAACUUUCAACAUCAACUUUUCGCUUUUCAGUGGCGGGAGGUUGAUAAAACGCGAACAGUUGCACGAGAAACGUCGAAUCGUUUGCGAUCGAGCUCUUUUCUUUGCCGUUCUAGGCAUUGGUAGGUGCAGUUUUUGAUUUUUUCGUUUGUUUUUUCUUUUCAAAUUUGUUUCGAUUCAUAUCUGUUACAGUUUUGAUGAUCGUGGAAAGCGAGUUACGUUCGGCCAUGGUCAUACGUCUUGUGAGCUAUUUUAUUAAAUUCUGGAAAUUUGAUUCGAUUUUAGGGUUCUUUGUACAGUAUUUCUCUGAGAGCGUGUAUUUUAACGACGACAGCUGCUCUAUUAUUUUUUGUCGGGUGUUUUCACUUUAUCGAGGUUCAGGUGAGAGUUCACUGCAAAAUGAAUAAAGUGCACAAAGACUUUUAGAACAACCUAAUAGAAAAUAUCAUACUAAACAUUGAUCAGUAUUUUCUUUUCUUUCUUCUUCAUACUUUUUCUUUUUUUUAUUCCUGUUUUUAUUUUUACUUUUCAAAUACAACAGUGGUACUUAGGUUUGGUAGUUUAUGCCAUAUUCAAGGUGAAUUCACUGAACUUAAAAUGGGCUAUCUCCUAGUGUACACCUCUAUUUGCAUGAGUUUUCGAAAACUUGAUUUCGAUUAUUUUUAGCUUUUCAUGAACGCAAACGCAGCAGAUGACUGGCUGGUAGCCAUUACAUUGAGAAGAUCGGUACAGGUUAGUCCUUUUUGAAUCAAUAAAAAGUCUCAAAAACCCUUUUACGUAUUUUCAGAGGAUUCCUUGAAUUUAAGAUCUACUUUCUCGAAAACUAGAGAGUUUUGCAGGGUGAGACUUUCAGAAUCUUCAUCUGAUAGAUCAAGAAGUGUUCUGGUCAACUAUAAGAAAAUUCCCAACCGCAAAGUUGAAUGACCUUCUUUGUUAGGAACACAGCAGAGCUUUAAAUAAUGAUUUUAAUAAUAUUGAAAAUACAACGAACAGUGAAAAAAAAACCCCCUCUUUUGAGGUCUCUUUCAAUGAACGCUUUAACUUUCAGGUAGUCAGCGAGUUACUGAUAUGUGUUUUGUGUCCGAUGCCUUUCGAGCUUUUCGGCUCUCGGAUAAUCGGAAAAUGGGUGAACUUUUCUCUUUCUUGUUUCCGUGAAAGGUGGUAAUUACUGGGUUGGACGGUUAGAAAUGGGUUUAUUGAUCCAUAUUUUAUUCGUAAGGUGGAAUUUGAAAAGAAAAAAAUUCUCUGUAUAAAUGUUAGUGAGAGAUCAUAUUUACAUUCGAAAAACCAUUUUUGAAUCUGCUGGGAAACGUUUUAUUGGCCACUAAAGAGGUUCUUCAAGGACUACUUAGAGGAUGCUAAAGUGACCACUAAAACGACCCCUAUAGAAGCAACUGUUUUGCGUUUUAUUGUUCACUGUAGGAAUUUUGAGUGGUGUUGUAGGACCAUCAAGACUUUUUUCUAAAGAGGUCACUAAUUUCUAGUCACAUGAGUAGCCACUUAUUCGACUACUACAGAGGCCACUGAAACUUCAAACUCCUGAAAUGACCACUCAAUAAUAACGUUCAGCUCCAAAAGGCUAUUGUAAAGUUUCAAAAUAGUGUUUCUGGUCUGAUAAUCGAAUAGCCUUUGAUUGAACACAUAGAAGAAUAUGUUUUGAUAUAAAACAUAGCCAUAGAAACUUCGGAAAAGAAUUCAAAAACAAUCAAAAAUGUCCUGAAGUGUUCAGUGAUCUCAGGAAUUCCAUUCAUGGGGGUCCCUUUAAUGGUUUUUCAAUUUCAUUCAAAAAACGCUUAAUUGUUCAGUUUUUCGCAUGGAAAUGUUUAUUCGCAUAUUUUUUAUGAAAAAUUUCCGAUAACUCAAUAACUAAAACUCCUAUAAAGUCCAUUUUUGCAAGCUUAAGUGGCCUCUACAGGGAACGCUCUAAAUGCCCCUGUGUUUGCCCUAAUAGGGAACACUUUGGAGAUCCUAAGAUUGGAGAGAUUUCAGACUCUCGAGCGCCUGAACGAGUUCCUUUCAAUCGUAAUGUUCUUCCGACUCUAUUGGGUUUGUCGAGUAAUGUUGCUUCAUUCUAGGUAAUCAAACUUUUUAUAGUCAUUUUUUUCCGAAUUGGAAAGUGAGGGAGGCGGGACGCGUAGCGUGUGCGCACGCGGUUUUUGACACGAGUUCAAUUUAACCGCCACCGACUAUUCGAAAAAGCUCGCUGUUCUACUAUUUUUCAAUGCAGACAUGAAAUGUUCUACUAUUUUUCAAUGCAGACAUGAAAAAAGGAUCAAUGAACACUUUUAAAAUAAAUGAAAAGAGCGAUAAACGAGCGGUUGAAUUGAACUCGUGCCAAGAACCGCGAACGCACACGCUACACGUCCCGCCGCCUGUCCCGCUUCCCUCGCCUUUCAAGUCGGGAAACAUUGACUAUAUUGCAUUUCUUAGAGUUAAUUUCGUUUUCAGGUUGUUCACUGACGCGAGUAGCCGUAGCAUCGCCGGUUUGAAUCGAGUCAAUUUCAACGCUCGGUUCAUUUUGAAAACUCUGAUGACGCUCUGCCCAGGUUCAAUUAAGUAUUAUGAAUGAAAUUGCGACGUUUCAUGAGAAUUUGCUAUACGCCCACAUUUUCUUUGGAAUGAUUUGAACCGGUUCCGCCGAGUAAUUCCAAAGCCUUGAUCCACAUUUAGUCCAAUGAAAUUAAUUUUUUUUUAAGAAAAAGAGAUAUGUAUUUUAUUUUAAUAAAUUUUCUAGGAAAGAUGUUGAUGAUUUUCACGGCGUCGUUGUGGGUCAUCGCUGGCUGGAUUUUGCGGCUUUGUGAAAGGUUUCCGCACUGUUUCAGAGAUGCCGCUAAAUAGUAACCAGGGGCUCUGCCUCAAUUAUUUCACUUUUUUUUUACAUUUAAUCGCUUCUCAACUGUUUUUUCUAUGUUUCUAUUUUUUAUAUGUUUUACUGAUGGUUUUUGCAAUACUAGCUCUUUCCCUUGAAGAUCAAAAAAAAAAGAAGUUGUUCUCGGAUAUCUUCCGGCAAAUUUAUAUUUGUCGAGUUUUAUCAGGAAUUUUUACGCUAAUUUAGAACUCCUGCCCAGCUACAUUCUUCUUUAGUAAGAGUUGGCACAACAUCGAAAUUUUCAUGUAACCCACGGUACAUUCUUUUUUUUAAAGUUACUACUGAAAAAUAUAAAUGCUGCAAAAAGUAAAUCGUUAAAUACAUCAAAAAUUAGAAUAAAAAAACAAAAAGACUGAACUGGAGCCCCCAAGGCGCGUCCAAUAGUUUCUCUGCCGCAUGCUAUUUCGUCGUUUUCUAGCAGUCUGAGUGUGAAGAAACAUCAUGCGGCAGGGGAAGUUUUGAGCUCCCAUUCAGAGGAAUCAAUUAGAUGUAAAAAAAUUUCUAUAUGAGGUAAAAGGGCUCACCUGAACAGGUUUCUUGUAAUUGAGGCAAAGUCCCAGGUUACUAUUUAGCGGCGUCUCAGCUUCAGCAUUGCAAAAGGAAUUGCAAGCUUAUACAGAAAAUUAAAAUGUUAUAGAGAAUAUGUGGAAAACGAUGUGCGAAAAGAAGUUGACUACAUCAAUUCGAUUUGGCUUGUUGCCAUCACGUUUCUGUCCGUUGGCUACGGUAUGCUGCGAUGAUUAACUAUUCAAAUAGUUUUUAUAGUGCUUCAGAAAUUUUCAAAGACUCGAUUAAGUAUUCGAUUAGUACUUCCAGUACUUUAAAGGCAUAGGGGCAGUAAAAAACGGUGUCUCAGUUCAAAGCAGUAAUUUGUAGAGCUUUUCAUUGCGAAUCGAACGGUGAACUUGGAAACGUACCAAACUUCCUAGUUUUGAAGAAAAAACAAUUCAAAGUCGGAGAAAGGAAAGUUACGCGAAAAGGGCGCUUUGCAGUAAAGUUGCUCUAUGGACAACAGGCUUCGCCAUCUUCCGGAUAUUCGCUUUUUUCUUCGUUUCUUUCAAUUUUCAAUUUUUUCUGUUGUCACCAAAGUUCUUUUCGUCCCAAAAGCUUUCUAUUCAUGUAUAAUUUGCAAACUUUGGUCGCAAAAAUGCUUCUCUGGUGAAAAAUGAUGAUUUCACACAGGUUUAGAUUGGGAUAGCGUUAUUCUGUGUUUUCUUUAUUAUCGGUGUGUGUUUUUUGUUUGACUAAACGUUUUUUUCAGAGAAGAAAUCCUUAAUUUGAAGCAGAUAGCCGGUUAUUUCCCACAAAAUGCGAGUCUAAUGAGAUGUCCGCAACAUUGCGUGCACGGCUACUGUAAACAUUUGUCCGUAGGCCGAUCCAAAGCUUUUUUCAAAAUUAAAGGCGGGAAAGUAAAAUCGCGUUUUUAUUCUAAAGUUGUCACAUCUGUACGUGUUUUGAAUACACCGUUCGAUUCGCAAAGAAAAACUAUAUAUGAUACUGCUUUCACCUGAAACCCCAUUUUUUUACUGCCCCUAUGCCUUUAAUGAUAUUUUAAUUUAAUUUCUUGUUACGUUCUAUUCUUGGAACAUCAACUGGUUUAUUUGUUAUUAUAGUGAGUGACAAGAAACUAUUUUGUUUUUUUUUGAGUGGUCUAAGAUCAAGAAAACAAUGUUGGGUUAUGGACCUCUGAGAAAUUUCAUUUAUUGAGAUGAAAAACAGAAAUUACUUAGAAGGAACUCAUGGUUCGACAAUACACCGAAUUGAAUUUUUGAAGCGCUUCUGAGCUGUACGUAUAAUUAAGUUUUUCUUACAGGAGAUAUUGUGCCAAAAACCAACUGUGGCAGAGCAAUGGCUGUGGCGACAGGAAUUAUGGUAAUUUUUACCUACUUAAAAACUUUUUCCAGCUGCUGAGAAUGAUGAUUUUCACGUGAAAAGGUAAAAAAAAAAGCAGAAUUUUUUUUGGUGUCGAUCGAGAGUAAAUAAAUUAAUAAAUUCUCGAAGAAUCUUCUCUCAAGACUGAAUAAAUGUGUAAUUCGUGGAUCGAGGCUCUUGAAAAUGUAUUUAUUUUUUCCGCAAUAACAUUGAAAUAUAUUUCAUACGAAAAAAAAAUACUUAUAAGGGAAGUUUUUCUUUGGUGGCCGGUUGAUCUUCGAUGAGACUUGACGGAAAUUAAGUUUGAAACACACCUAAAUCUAGAACGUUGAAGAUAACUUUGAUAAUAAGUUGGAAAAGCUUUCUUUUUUAUACUUCCGACUUCAGACGUGAAAAGUCUUGAAAAUUAGCUCUAGAAAUUCCUUGCUUGCUCGGCUGCGCUGGCUCACCGAUUCUCCGCUUCUGUUUUCAGAAAAUAAAAGUCUUUACGUCAGCUAUGCGAAAAAAGUUAUUAGUUCUGCGAGACAGGAAUUAAAUGAUAUAACAGGAAAGAACAAAAAGUUUGAGAAAGAUCGGACUCGUUUUAGUGGGUCGUUUUCUUUUCGACCAUAAAAAUGCUUGACCAUAUCGAAGUAACUUAUUUCGAUGUCUUUUUUAAUUUCCUUGGAAUCAAAAAGCUCUAAGUAUCCUUUUGCAAUGUUUUAUCAAUUCUUGAUACCUCGACUUUUUGCACUGUUAGGUACUUCUCAUUUGAGAUAAUCCCCUUAAUAGGCCUUUAAAACGGCGUGCACCUCUGGUAACACUGCGGGGUGCAUCGCAACUUUUGUUAGAUGAAAAUUGUAAAACAGAUAACUGCAGAAUGCGAUUUCUUGAGUUACUUUUUAGGGUACUUGCGCCUCUUCAAUGGUGGUGGCAGUGAUCGCUCGAAAACUUGAAUUAACUCGGGCCGAAAAACACGUCCACAACUUUAUGAUGGAUACUCAGCUUACAAAGCAGGUAUAUUUUUUUUUACAUGGAAAUUUUGAUAUCUUUAAGUUUAUAGUAUGAAUUUUCAACAAAAUUGCGUCGUUUUAAGUUAAUUUGAUUUUUUUCGAGGAAGUUAGAUUCAUUCAUGAAAAAUUGAUAAAGUUGAAUGAAAGCCCAAAGCCGGUGUAACAUUUGAAGUUCGCUUGCUGGGACUUUCUCUAGGUAAGGGAACUUGAAAAAAAAAGAUACUACCUGCUAAUCCCGAUAAGGUACCGACAGAGUUUUGUUGCAAAUAAACAGAUUCGAACAUUUUCAGAAUACUAUUUUCUCAAUAUCAUGAAAUUUUAUAAGCCUAAUCUGCCCGUUUGCGACAAAAUUUUUCUGGGAACCUCAUCGGGGUUAGCAAAUAUUCUUUCUUUUUUCAAGUUUUCUGACCUAAGUGUGUAGACUACCAAAAUUCGAACUUGCUCCGCGAUUACGAGUCCGCGUAGUUCCUUAGUAAGAUUUCUCAGUGCCUAAAAAAGCGAGGUCGCGCUAAGAGAAAUGCUAGUUCUGCACGAGGACUUAGCGAGAUAUUCGGAAGUUUUUCAACGUUCCGGCAUCGACAUCGCUUUUCUAUCGCGGCGGACCAAUGUGCGGUUUGAGACCUUUUAAAGAAAACAAAACGCUUUUGGAAAGACUGUAACUAACCGCAACGCCCUUGAACCUUGAAUCUUCGAUUUUCUUUUUCAGUUGAAACACUCGGCAGCAAACGUUUUGCGGGAAACUUGGUUCAUUUACAAAUACCGCAAACUGGCCAACAAAUGCGACUACGCUCGUGUCCGACAACAUCAACGCAAUUUCCUUGUCGCGAUUUACGAGUACGACUUUCACCAAACUUUCAAUUUUUCCCUGAGCGUUUGCAGGAUGAGACGCGUUAAAAGAGAACAGCGAAAGUUGGCAGAAAAUCUGGUGUCGUUGGGCGACGUGGCAAAGGUCAGGGGAAGGACAUCCAAAAUCUUGGAUAUUUAUAUUUCCUUAAGUACUAAUUAAAAUGUGCCAUAUUUAAAAUGAUAAGAAUCCUCAGUACAUUGAUAAAUCGGCGAAUCCACUGACAAGGAAGGUAAUUUUACUUUGCAGUUGGUAAAUCCGGACGUUAAAAAAUAUUCACAUUUGCACAGAGCUCAUCGAACACCUACGAACUGGUUCACGACGUUCAUUCGACCCAAGAAGGUCUGUCUCUCCGGAUGACAGCCAUGGAACAUCAGUUGGGCGACAUUGUCCGCGAGCUUAGCGCUAUUUCGGAACUUCUUCGAGGUAUCCAAAACAUGGUCUGUGCUUGCCCUUGUUUGCUUUUUUUUUGCUAUAACUCUCAGGUUUUGGAUAAUUUCUGGUAUCAUAAUCGAAAAAAUAACUAACCUUUUCUAUAUAUACUUCUUUCGUUUCAACUUGGAUAUCAGCCCACGAAGUCUCACUUCUCAAUUCACGGCGUUUUUGUUGGUUGAAUAAAAUGCAAAACUAGAAAUGAAAUUGGCGGAGUUAAAACCUUCGCCGUUCCCAUGUGACGUCAUGGGUAACAAGCCUGAACAACAGAGAAUAUUAAAGGCGCAUGUUCAAUGGGUCAUGAGACGAAUCGUUUUUCUUUGAAAAAGCGCAAUUUUUCUGUUGCCGCGUUCAAAGUUAUUCCACGGUAUUCAAAAUAGCCACCAAGAAGUGAAAAAUAUAAAUGAAUUUCGGAAAUUGAGAAAUUAUUCUGAAUUUCGCCAGAAACACGGCAUGUGCGAUAGCGCCGCAGUGCAUGCACCCGAAACACUACACUUUACGGGGAACUUUCCGACGGAGAAGUUUUCCGAAGUUCCCUUUUUUUUCUCGAUAAAAUCUCCGUUUUGAAUCUUCCUAUAUAAAGUAGGUAGUUGAUUCACUAUUAAAGCACAAAGGAAUAUAAAAAAAUGGUAAUCGAUGUUUUAUAAAUCGAAAAAUAUAAGGGGAAAAAGUCGAAACGGAUUCGUUGGAAAGUUCCCAAGUUUUAUGAAAAAAUCGAAAAAGUCGCCGGUCAUUCAUUUCAUUUCAAGUGUUUAUUCGCCAUUCCGCAAUCAGCACGACAAAUACAAAAAAAUAAAACAUCAAGACAAUCAAAUAAAUCUAACAGCUGAUCUGUGGAAACGGCUGGAGGAAAAGAUUGUCUGAGUAGACGGUGCUAACCCCCAUUUGGUAUUUAAGUUUGUUCUUUGUAUUUUUUAAUAAGUUAGAAUUUUUCUAGUUUUUUUAGUAGGAUCUAAUGAUUUCAAAAAAACGAUGUGUUUGAUUCGAACCAUGAGGUGAGCAUAAUCUGAAACUUGCCGAUUUCGUAUUCAAUGAUAGUUUCUCUCUCCAGUUGGUUCCAAAUGGGUAUGACUCUAUGAUUUAGGAAGCGUUGUUUGAUCAAUUCAUUCAUUGGUUGAACAAGUCUCAUUCCAUUUCCUCUGAGUUGAUUAUUUCUACUCGAAUUCAUCAUUAAUUUAACAGGCGACUCACUCCAAAAAUAUCCAUGAAUGUAUUUGUGAACGCAACAAACGUCUUUAAAAAAAGUCUUCUAGUCCAUAACGUCGAUAGUUUCAGUUUGGCUAAUCUACUGCGAUAAUCCAAUUUCGGAUAUAAUCUUUUUGGUAAAUUUUUCUCUGGACUGAUUCUAGUUGAUUUAUAUCAUUCAAAUUUAGCGGGCACAUUAGUUCGGAUCCGUACUCAAUGAUAGGCAAGAUUUUUGGCUUUAUAGCAUUUUUAGAAAGUUAUUUUUGAGAGAAAUGAAAAACAGCGAAAUAAAUUAUUUAUUAUUUUUCAUACAUUUUUUUGUACUACUAUACUCACAUGGUGCCCCAUUUUUCAGAUUACUCGUGAAGAAGAAUCCCAGGUCUCUGACAUUUUUGUUUAGUGCUAAGAGUUUGAUCGUUAAUUUUUGUAUGUACUGGGUUCUGUCUUUUUUUCCAAACUGAACUAACAUGCACUUCUCAGGAGAUAUUGAUAGUUGACGGCCCUCUAACCAUUGGUAUACAUUUUUUAAGUCUUCUUGAAGUUUGGCUUUAUGGUUUGUUACAUUACUAGAUAAAUACAGUUUACAAUCAUCUGCGAACAUGCUCAAGUUACAGUAUUUAAUAACUUCUGACAAGUCAUUGAUAUAUACUAAAAACAUAAGAGGUCCUAAUGAGCUACCUUGCGGUACACCUGACGAUAUUUUUAUCUCAUUCGAAAUACUGUUACUGACUUUAACUUUUUGUGAUCUAUCUUUCAAAAACUCUUCGAACCAGUUGAGUAUUACUCCUUUACAUCCGUAGGAUUUCAAGACUUCAAUCAAUCUUCUAUGACAAACCGUGUCAAAAGCUUUUUUAAUAUCUAAAUAUAUGACUUCAACGUAAUGAUUUCGAGUUUCCUCAAACAGAUAUUUUUGAAGUGGCAACAAUUGGGAGAUAGUACUGCGAUGAUUUAAAAAUCCAUGCUGGCUAUCAGAGAUGAGCGAAGAUUGCCACAUGUGGUUUCUCAAAGCUCUCACCAUUAAAGAUUCUAAAACUCUACACGGGACUGAUGUCAAACUAACUGGUCUAUAAUUACCUACGUCGUUUGGAUCUCCUUUUUUGUAUAUAGGUACUACGAUUGAUUUUUUCCAAAAACUAGGCAACUUGCCCGAAAACGAAAGAUUUUUUCUGUUUUGUCUGAGCUUCUUCAGUUUUCAACGUUGUCUGUAGUCUGUUUUUUGCGCGUUGAAAGGGCGGGACUUCUCUGCGCCCUCCUCGUCUCUGCGCGACCCUCUCAUUUUACCUGCUAAUUUCCUGUUUCUCUGACCUCGCCGCUAAGGGAACAGAGAAACGCAGACAUUUGAAAACUGUCAAGUCGCGGCAAACGGACUAUAGCUUCAUCUCUCACUUGGAACUUCCAUGAUAUGUAUUUGCUGAGUAUGGCUUCUUUCUCUUAUUGAGUAUUGUGAAGUACGAUUUUGAACUUAAUCGUAAACAUUUGAGUUUUCUGUUUUUAUUCUGCUUGGGAAUCCGACGUUAGAACGAGAGCAUGUUAGAUUACUCGGAAGGCUAUUAUAAGUCCGUCAACUCUCGAUUACUUUGCACGAAACGUUAAACAUUUUAAGCACUGUUUUUUUAUGCAAAGAAGGAUUUUUUUCAGGCAACCAGCGAAAAAGAAGCAUAAACAGCGAGGAGACGAGUCCACAGUUGUCUCACCGGCGUCGCAAAUACGGCGAAGUUCCUUGAAGCAAUCGAAUCGGGUUUUUAUUGGUUUUCGUGUUGCGAGUUUGUUUUGAAGAGAAAAUACCGAACUGUUCAGAGAUAAGGAAAAUGUAGAAAGAAAUAUGGAGUUUUUGGAAAAUAAAGGUUUUUUUGCGAAUAUAAAACAAAUUAUCUCAAAAUUCCAUGUUUCUCAGAAAAAGUAAGAUGACACUCUCACGCCUUUGCUCUAUGAGCAUUAGAUUCAAGAGAGGGUUCUUUCAUUAUUGUUUUUUUUACUCAUUUCUCUAUUUGACAGGGUUCAUAAGUUUAUAUAUAACUUCUUUUUUUAUAACUUCGGCUUCAUUAUCACUACCGUUUGAAACUUUUACUCAUGACCUUCUUUUCUUUUUGUUUCGGCAAACAAAAUAUGUGAUUUGCCUUUCCCAACCUUUUCAUUUAUAUUUAUUUAUUCAAAUCGCAUCUUUUUUUCGAUUUUUAACAAUUGUCUUGACCUGAAGAAUAUAGAAUUUUUGCGUUUGAACCUUUUAUUAAAGUCUUUCUAGGAAAGAAGUCGAAUUUUGAUUUUCUCUGAUUUUUUUUAAUCUCAAUGGAUUUUUAGUGGAAGUUCGUGCCUUUCAGCCUUUCACUCAUUUCAGUUCAUUAUUGCUUCUCGCAUCUACAUAUACUUUUUUAUGUGAUUUGACCCCCACGGAAAAAAAAUAUUACCGGUUUGAUUGAGUUAGAAGUAAAUAUACAGAUCACUAUGAUUUAUUCCUUUGGUAGUUCCAAUUGUGAUUUAAUUUUGUGUGCUUUUCUUAUGCUGAUUAAAAUGAUGAAAUAAAUCACAUUUUCGAAAAAAAAUGUCAAAAAAAGCUGAUUAGGCAUUUAAAGAUGAAAAUUUCAACCUUCAAGCGUUGUCAGCUAGCGGAAAAAAACGCGUUUUGUGAACAUUAGUUUGAAAUUGAAAAAUAUUCUUUCCCUAAUAAUUUUGUCCAGGAAAAUUAAUUUUUUUCCAGGUUCAGAGUACAGAGUUUCUGAUCAAAGGGCUUUUUUUUUUGAUGACGAAUAAUCUAGCUGGCGCCCGAAUUGAAUGAUGCCAAAAAAAAAGAAGUUUUUUUCUUGUUUGAAACCUUUUUCCAAUUCCUUGAACUUUGAAGAUCCGCACGCAAACUGAAAAGAAUCAAGGAAAUCUGAUCCUUUCGGACAACAAAGCCGUUGCCCUGGACUGGAUCUUACCCAAAAAGGUGAUUUUUUUUUUUCGAUGCUCGAGAUCUUCUUGGCAUCAUAUUCAAAAAUUGGAUGUCGAACCUUGAUUUUGUUGUUCCAAAGAGGCUUCCAGCUUCUUUUUUUUCCAAGUGGCACAGAAUAUUUUUUUUUGAUUUUUCCAUUAAGCUCGUAAACUUUUUUCAAUCUUUUUCAUUCGAAAAUUAUAAUUUAGGGAAUGCGGAAGGGAAAACUCAUUUUCCACAUAAGUUUUAUCUAUUUUAGGUUUCUGUUUUUGACAUCUUCUGAUUUUGGUGAAACUCGCAAACUACCAGGAAGCAAAAAAAGAUCUGAAAGGAACGGUCUGAACAACAGAAAUUGACGCGUGCUGUCGCGAUCCUUUGCGCACACGCUGGCUAAGCUUCUUCUUCUUCUCGCGACAGGCUUUAUUUCCUUUCAAUUUCACUUUAUUCCUCAACUUUGUUUUCCAUUUAGCUAUUCAAAUUUUAUCUUUUCUUUUCAAGUUGUUUUAGUGCUUCAAAUCCAGAUCUUAAAUUUAAAUGCGAGACGUCACAAGCUGAGAUGUCUUACUGUUUUUUGGCUGUCUUAAUUCCAUGCUUCCACCUAGAACAAAAUUUCUGAGCUCCAGCUACAAGAUUCGCUUUUUUCUGACUAGUGAGUGCGGAAUUAAAUGGACCACUGCACAGAAGAUCGCAGAAGAUCAUAGACCCUUCUUUCAACUUGAUUAACUACACGUUUGAACGUCUAGUUCUCCAAAGACGGUUGUUCGAUAUGGCAUUGAAAUUUCUUGUUCACGGCCUAGUCGACUACACUAAAGCUUUUAGGAAUGGUCGGUUGAACGACACGCUGAUCGAACUUUUUUAGCAACGUUCCAUUUCAUGACCUUCGAACGAUAGAUCGAAGUUUCGACGUGUAACUGAACGACUUCCGACCGAACCGUUUAAUCAGUGACUUGCAAGCAAAUAAUUCUUUGCAAUUUACAGUUUAUGCAGUCUUCAGAGUAAAAUGUAGAAAAAAUCUCUGCUGAAUCAUGGUAUAAUUGAAGAGUUAGUCGUCGGCGCGGGUUACGGUCCACAAAUUUUUUUCAAUAAGUCCCGGCGUGACAGCUAGGGUUGAGAAAUUGAAAUAAUUCUUCAGAGUGAAAAAAAAAUGAGAGCAUUUUUGUUGGAUUUACCAUGCGCGCCUGCACAAAAAACAUCAUAAUAAUGUUCGCUCACCAAACGACUUCUUCAAAUGAGGGGCAGUAUCACACAUGAACCAACCGUUCAUUCCAAUCAAUCGUUCAGAGGUCAGUAUGCAACCAAACGGUCCUUUUAACAUCAAACAGUCGACUUGUUGAAAAUCAAACGCUCACUGUUUUCAACAUGUCAUUUCUGAGAGCUCUAGGUUACACUUAUAAUCAACAAAAAAAAAACAAAAACAAAUUAUUGAUUGAAGUGAGCCUAGUUACACCACGACCUUUCUUUCCAGCUCCUGAGCAAGACCUGUGUUAUUCCCCUUGAUGGAUUAUACAGUUUUAAAAGAAUUUUACUUUUAGUUCUGCGAUUAUAGUUUCGAGACAACGAAAUACAAGUCAUAUAUGGUUUGUAGCCGUUCGUAAUUUUACCGCGCGGUCAAGUAAAGUUCAGAUAUUAACUCUAGAUAGCGAGAUUCAAUUAGGCGCAAUUCUUUAGUGCUGUUAGUGGUUUUGAAACUGGGGUUUUCCGUCUCUAUCAGCUUCAGCAUAAUAAACCAUAUCGUACAGUUCAUUGAUAGAAGCUUGUUCAUUAAACUAGAGCUAUUCAGGAAAAUCCUGAUUUCAAAUUUUCUCUUCAAUGUCCAUUUGUAGCGAGUAGCCCGAUAAACAAGCAAGAAAGUUCUCAACUUCGUGACGAACCGCAAUUAUUGGCAAUUUUCGCCGGCGGACGGUGGCCCAGACGGCCUGGUUUUUUUUUUCGUUCGAAUUUCGGCGUCUUCCAUUUACGUGAGGUGCGCGUUAAUCCGACGACUCCACCAAUUAUUCUUCUUUUCCACCUCUUUGUCCGAUUGCUGAUCUGAUCCAUUUCUAAUCGACUUUAGUGGCUUUUUCGGGUCGUUAAUGGAAAUUCGAAUUUCAAAUAGUAUUUUGUAUCCCUUUCUUAGUUAGUCAUAGGCGUUUGUUUUUGAACCGUUAAACGGCGAAAAAUAGAUGCACUGUUGGUUUUGCGGGAAAAAAGAAAGAAAGUUAGAUUAUCCGACACCGCUGAGAAAAUAGUAGAGACGAGAUGUUUUGCCCCACUUCGAUUGGACCAGUCAGACAGCCCGAGGUGAUAUCAACGCCUCCAACACGUAUACACACAGGCCCUUCUUUUUCAUCAACUCCAUUUUUCAUUGAUUUUUGUCCAUUUCUUUUGUAUCUCACCAAGUUUUCUAAUUAUUUUUGGUUCAAAAGGGAAGGUCCCCAUGCUGUCCAAUACUUUUUUUAAAACUUUUCUGGUAAGUGCCCCUUUUUUGGGCUUUGAAGAGUGGAAAAAAACUACUUCGUUUUGAACCUUUAUAACGCCUGGACUUUUUUUGUAGAAAAUUUUUUCAUAGAUUUUUUUGUUCGUGAUUUUCCAUGUUUAUGGGCAUGGGUUCUACUUUGAUCAAUAUUUUUUCACGUAGGUGGGACCGGUUUCCAGUUAAUUUUCCAGUUUUUGAUCUUUGUUCUCAAAUUUGAUACUUAGUAGUCCUAUGCUAUUCAAAUUCGAAAAAGAGCAUGAAGAGUUAAAACUCGAAAAAACUUAUGAAAAUUUUUGUUCUUAUCGAGUUGACUGCUUUUGUAUAGCCCAUUUUACGCAAGUUUACCCUGUUUUUUUUUUCUGGAAGUAUGAAUUAAAGCUAGCGAGUUUUCGAACUUCGACUUUUCCGAUUUUUUCAUAUCGCCAGGGAACUUUCCGACUGCGAAGUUUCCGACUAUUACUUUUUCAACUUUAUUUUUUCUGGAUAAUCUCUUCGUUUUGAACUUUUUUAUAUAAAGUAGGUAGUUGAUUCAUGCUUAAAGCACAAAGAAAAAGGAAAAAAAAAUUUCUCCAUACCACCAUAUUUUCCUCAACAAUGGGUUGGGUCAAUUGCAAAGGUUGAUUAUCAGGUGGACAAAUCGGUUGGCACGCCAACCCUCCAUACCUAAUUGAGCGUUCCAUUUACCUCGUCAUAUCUACCACCUGCAUUUGGGAAAUUUUUACUUUUUUGGUUUUUUUUCAAUAAAUUCUUUCUUCCUCACAAAAUUGUUACACUGAAUCGCCAACCAUUAAUAGUAAUAAAACAUUUUGAAGGCAGUUUUAAUAAAUAUAGUAUUAUGAACUGUGUGUAACCAUACGUGAGCUAGCCCGCUUCGCCAUUUAUCGGUUUUUCUUUCAAAUUUAAAUUUUUCCUCUUUUCGCUAAAUCCCCUCCAAAGAUGAGACUAUUUCUUCCGACAGAUAAAGUCCGACUGUCCCGUUUUUAAUGACUUCCAAAAGUAAAGUGCUUGACAUCACCGAGAUUUUUUUAUGGUUUUUUGUUUGAAAUAAAAAAGUUUUCUUUAAUUUUUCAAACAUGUUUAAAAAAGUUUCAAAAAACAAACUUCUGAAAAUAGGUUGAAGUUUUCUCUUAGUGAUUCGGAAAAUCGUUGUUUUAUGGAGAGGGGUCGGCGAUCCUGAAAUUCUGUCUUCAUAUGAACGAUUUUUACUUCCGAUGAUUGAGGGAGCUUUGUUGAUAAAUUCUGCGAUUACUGAGUAAAAUCCUAGUAGCCACUCAAGUAUUUUCUCAAGGACUACUUGGAGUGAACACUAAAGUGGUCACUAAAACCGCCUCUAUAGAAGCCCCUAUUCUGCGUCUUAGUGCUCACUAUUGUAGUUUGAGUAGCCUUGUAAAAAAAAGUUCUACCAAUUCGCGAGUUUCUCUUUCUCUCGCAGAAGAUUCAAAAUUUUCUCAGUCAAUAAGUCACCUGAAAGCCGUUAAUCAAGUUAGAAUGCGGCUGCCGCCUCUGAAUCACCAUCACCACCACACAUUCGACAGUUGCUCUUCUUUUCUUUUCACUUUUCACUUUUUUUUUUGUUCCUCACGCGUUGUUUUGCACUGUUUGAAAGUAUAUAUCUCUUUUUGUUGUACAUAGAACUGGUCAAGUUCAAGGCGGAAUCAGUUGGCUGGAAAACCGGUAAAAUGUUUGCGGUGAAUCAGCAGAAAUUCGCUGAAGUUUCGCCUUUAAACUCCACUUUUCAAAAUUGGUUCGUGUUCGAGCGCUAUUUAACAUCUUUUCUCUGAUCUAAUACCUUGAAAUGAAUUUUCAUCAUCUUUUUGUACAAAAAAGUCCAGAAGAAAUUUUCAUAUGACGUAAUUAUGAGAUAGAUAGGCUUUUCGACUGUUUACAAUUUUUUUAAUUCCACAUCUGUUCAGUACUAUUCUAGCGCCAGCCUAUAACCCAUAAGCUAGCCGUGAAUUGGCCAUACCUUCCGGUUUACAAUGCCCAUUCUCUGUGAAUGAAACAUUAGGACCCCUAUGGGAACCGCUCAAUUUUUAGAGGCUUGAACUCUGACGCUUAACCAUUUUUAUGGGAACACCUAAAUUUUGCCUUUAUAGCGGUGUGAUUCUGAAGUCUUUCUUAACCGCCAAUUUCUAUCCCUGAUUUAAUCCCACAACGCUCUAUUUUUCAUGAUUUUUUUCCGCUCCUAACACGUCUAGCGAAGUAGAAACGAGGUUAAACUUGCUGUUCAACCCACACAAAAAUACAUAAAAUACAAAAGAGGUGUAGUUUUGUGAAAAAAGGUGAUUUUCUUUUCUCGGUGACAUUUUUUUGUCUUGAAUCGAACCAACGAUUGCGAAGACCUUGAUAGUGAAUGCUAAACUUCCAGAUGCAACAAAUAUUUUCGCUAUUUGCAUUUGGCCGUCUCUUUUGCCUAAUGAGCCGUUCUUUUUUUUUUCGUUUGAACUUUUUCAAACUUGCUUCGUUCAAAAGAAAAGAGUCCAAACUUAGUGAACUGAAUAUUUGUGAUAUCGAAGAGAUAAACUGAAAAAAUCGUCUUCUCUAUCCAAAAGAACUGACUAUAUCGCAGAGGGCCGCAGGCGAUUAGCCAAAAAACUUGCUGCGACCUCGUCAAAUUCUCGCUGCCAUAUUGCUUUUUCUGAUACGUUUGUAAUUUGUAGUACAUAUUUUGCUUUAUUUUAGAUUUUGUGAUUGAAUGAAUCACAUGGAAAAAAAUUGUUUCUUUUGUUCUUAGGAAAAAGAGUAUAUAUACUAUAUACAAUUUUUUUAUUAUCACUGCUCUAGUUAUUCUUACCGUAGGUCUAUUUUGAAUUUACCAUAUAUUUCUUAUUCAAAUGAGUCAUGAUUUUUCUCUUAUUUCAACUUCAUAUUUGACUUCAUUUUUAACGUUAUUACUAAAUCCUUGAAUUUUUUUAUUUUUUCUAAUUUCCCGUCUAAUCGUCGAGUUUUAAUGUCGGUUUGUCAGUUUAAACUUUCAGAUGAUAGUAUUGUUACUAACAUCCUACCUAGUGGUAUGGCAAGCCGCUGCACAGUCGAACGCCGUCGGUUUCCUACCUAAUGUUCCUACGGAAACAACCAAACCCGUCAAAAUUUAGUUUGUUUUUUUUCAACUGUAAAAUUUUCAUUCAGCUGUUUAAAUUAUAAGUUAAUAAACACGUUUUGAUGUAGUUCAAUUUUUGUUUCGAAGAUUUUCAAGAUUUCGAAAAAUUUCUGUUCUGUAAAAAGCUGAUGUGUGUCCUAAAGGGAGUUCGAGAUUUAGUGGGUCCUAUAGGAGGUCCUAUAGGAGGUCCUAUAGGAAGUUUGUUAUGAAUUCCUAAAGAUAGACACUUAAAUAUAGAGAACGCAGAAGGUCCUUUAGCAUAACCUCGUAGGGGGUUUUUUUUUCUCUAGAGGACCCACUUCAGAUUUUCCAGUUCCACUCGAAGUUACGAAUUACGAGUUUUUUAAGAAUUGUUUCAAUGAAACUCGAAGGUUUUUUUAUUUCUUUGAAGAUAUACAUUGAAAACCUAGUAUCUAAUAACUGCAUCUCUGUGAUGAAUAUUUUUUUAUUCGGCAAAGAAUACAUUAGUAGUAAUUUGCAGAGUAUCAAAUAAAUGAAAAAGCGUUCUGCAGCGACGGCACGUAUCUGGUGGUGGCCCCUUCAGUGAUUCGGCCAGAGCAACCGUACGCGGUUUCUUUCAACCUGUUGAAAGCCACCACAGAUGAGGAUCAUAUUGUUCGUGUCGAGAUUCGGACGGCCACCAAUGAAACUGUUGCUGCGAGAGUUCUUAGUAAUGUGCGGCCAGGUUAGUUUUCUCAGUACUUGAAUAAAAUGAUCUUUUUCGGUGAACUCGGAAAAUGUAAAAGAAUUCCAUCUCCUAUAAUAUUCAAAAUUAACUAUCCGCAUUCAGUCAUAAUAAACAUAAUGUUUCGCUUUUUAUGCAUCGCGUAGAACACAUUUUAUAUUUAUUUUUAACGCGCAAAAACUUCUUUUUUUUGCGAGAAAAGAGAAAAUACAGGGAUUUUACUAUUUUGCAAUUGAAAAAAACGAUCAAAAAGUCUCUUAAAUCAAUUAAAACUGAUUUGAGCGUUGAAUACACUGGUGAAUCGAGAGGUAGAUACAAGUAGGUACCGGGUAGCAACUCAAGUGAAUCGGCGAAUCGUAAUCGGUGGUCAUUUGUAUGCGACCGGGUACUAUCUCUAUGGUACCUGGAUAGUACCUGAUCGGUAUCUGGAUGCUACCCCACUGGCUGGCACAACGGUCGUUUAUAUACCAUCAGUGUUUUUUUACACCAUCCCAAGCCUUCCAGGGUCUUAUUGGAUAAAGCUGUAACAAAAAAUAACGACCCGGGAAGCAAUUCCAGACUUUCCGAAAGAAAUCGCGAAUGUCAGGUAGCUACCCGGUAGCUACUUGCAUCGACCUCCGACCCAGGUACCAUAAAGAUGGUAUCCGAUCGCAUACAAACGACCACCGAUUACCAUACGCCGAUUGACUUUUUCAAAAGUUGCUACCCGGUAGCUAUUUGUGUCGACUUCCCGAUUCAUCUUUGUAACGCUGAAGCAGGUUCUUUUUUAGGUUUCGGUAGUGAUAGCUCUUACGGAAAAGAACAAAACUAAAUUAUUAAUGCUCUUUAAUAAACGAUUUUUAUCUAUAAUAGUCUCUAUUAUAUUCCAAAUACUACGAAACGAUCACAUAGCUUAUAGCUGUUUGCCCUUAUGGUCUGAACUUUAAAUUCGGCGUGUACGUGAUCUAUCAGAUCGCGUGAGCCGAUCUCACGAGCUUUGCGUAGUGAGACUCAUUCCCAGCUGUUCAAAGCUCUUCGGUCGGGGUCCUGUCGGAGUCAGACAGGAUCCUGGUGAGAACCAGGAGAUCUCGUUCACCUGGUUCGAACCGAAAAUCGGAUCCAGCAUGGAACCGAGGUCUGAGGCCCUGUGCUACAGAUCGGUCGGGGUCCUGUCGGAGUCAGACAGGAUCCUGGUGAGAACCAGGAGAUCUCGUUCACCUGGUUCGAACCAAAAAUCGGAUCCAACAUGGAACCGAGGUCUGAGGCCCUGUGAUACACAACCCACAGGGACCGCGCUUAAACCAACGGAGAAAAAAUCCGUAAAUUAAGCGAAAGUGGAUCCGUGAAGGAACCAAGGUCCGGGGUCUCACUGACAGUCAGAGUCACUACCCGGAUCAGAGCAACAAGAAACUGUUGAUCCCAAAUAGGACCAAUUCUGGAACUCCGAAGUAAAUUUCGUCGAGAUCCGGGUCCUCGGGAACGAAUCAGGCAAGAACAAAGAAAUUUGUCAACCUGAGGAAAACCACUUGAGGUUUCCAGUAACAAACUGAAGCCGUUGGUUAUGCCUAGGGACCGCAGGCCAAUUCCCAAAGUCAGUGAUAUAAAGUUGAAACCUAUAUGAAAAAGAAAGCUGAUGGCAAUUGAGAGCUAACUGCGAAAACAGAAAAAGAAAAAAAUAUGAAAAAAAUGAAAAAGUUAUAAGCAAAAAAAGUGGCGAAAUCGGGGAACCACUUUUGUGUAGAAACUUUCGUCAGGGUCGCAGGAAAAGGGGCGUGUUUAUAGAUGCCGCGCGCUCCUUGCUGUGCGUUAAUUCACGCAGGAGACGUUUCGGAAAACAUAUUUAUUUGAGUUUUUUUAGAAGUUUUUAAAUGAAAUAUUAGAGUUUUUCAUAUUGAAUAUUGCUCUUUUUCAAUAUCAGCCUACUCUUCAAGCACUCACUCUGCUGAAAAGCGAGUUUUGAAGAAGGUUUCAAUGCAUUUCGUGAAAAAAGAAAAUAACCGACAAAAUAGACCUUUGCGAAGGACGAACAGCAUUAAACCGAAUUGAAAAUGUAACAGUCUACUAAGAAAUUUACUGAAAAAAAAUAUGUAAAUAAUCACCAAGUCCUUUUUACAGAGAGUUUUUUUAAAGGGCGAAAAGCGUUUUUUUACUUUUUGAUUUUUCUACUUCUUUUUAUUUUUUUCUCUAAAGUUUGUGCGUCUACAUGGAGUGUACGUAGACAAUUUUUUUCAGAAUUCUUUACUUGACAUUCUGAAAAAAAUUCAUAAAAAAAGUUGAGUAAAAGCGAAAUUUAAUACUUUUCUCUCUAUAAUGGAUAUAAUGAUAUAGGAAAAAAAGAUUCCAAUUAUGAAAUGAGUAAAAAAAGCAACUAUAAAGCCACAAUAAAAUGAGAAAAACUUGAAUAGAAUACAUAAAUAGUUAAAAAAAAACCUUCUUCACGCUUUCGAAAAAUUUCGUGGCCUUCGCGGUGUCUGCAGAUUUCCAGCGACGCGCAGUUUUAAAAAUAACUUUCGAGCGUUUAAAUAAACCAUACUUUUCGGGCCAUCCUAGGAAUUUUUUUAUUUUUUGAUAUGUUGUAGAGAAAUGUCUAAUGUUUGAUAUCGUUAAAUAAAAAAACUUGCCCAGAACGCUUUGGGCCGUUUUCAAAGCGUUACGAAAAAACCGAAAUUUUAAGCUUUCAUAUAAACUAUAUAAUCGAUGAAAAAAACUUAGUUUUUUUAUUUUUUUAAAAUUUGCAAAACAACUGCAAACAACCGUUUAAAAAUAUAAUCAGUAAUUAUCGAUUGCGUUUUUCGAAAAUAAGGAAUUUCGAAAAUCGUGAUUUUCAAAUUGCGUUAUUUUUUGAGGCCAACCAUAGAAUUUUUUUAUUUUUUGCCAGAAUAUGCGUUUUUAGUUGCUUUAUGAUAUUCAAGAAUAAAAAAAGUUGCCCAGAAACUUUCAAGAAAAAACGGGAUUUUUAUCCGUUUUCGGCCACAAAUGCGUUUUAAAAACUGUCGUCGUACAUUCUUAUUUCUCAUUUUUUUCAGUAUUUUUUUAUGUAGGAUUGUUAAGCAUAGCCGAUUGUAUGUUUCCCCAAUUUUUUUCCCAAAUCGGUACAAGAAAACUGUUUUAAAAUAUAAAAAAAGAACCAAAAUGCAACGAAAAAUGACGAAGUUUUUUUGAACAGCGAAGUGGGCGUGGCCCUGCGGUCCCUAGUUAUGCCUGUAUCAGACACGAGGCGAUUGGCGAACAGGAAGUGCAAUCCUGAACUAGCCAGAUGCAUGUCACCUUGAGAAACCAGGGUUCGACUAGAAUCUUAUGAAAGAAUGCAGAUUAUUCAAUCCAUAAAUCCGCAAAGAUUCUACGCACUUUGAUCAUAGCGCCCCAGAAGCUGAAGUUUCUGGAAACAUGAUUCUGUCUGACGGUGUAGUACUUCUCGGAGAAGAGAAGGCGUCAGAGGAGUUUCAUUGCGAUCCUCGCUGAGUGAGAAGCGGUCAUCAGAACCCACAUUCCAUGAGGAAAGAGGAUAACAUACAAGGCAGAAUUAUCUGCAAUGAAGCGCAAAUGUUGAAGUUAGUCAACGGAAGGAGACAGCCUCAGCCUCAUCUACAUAAGCCAGGAAAGCUUGAGCUCACAAGUAUAGCUGACGUAUCAGCGAUCUGGACAAGAAGAGGUUAGCAGAGAACAAUCAGAGUUCCGAGAGUGCACAGGCCAGAAUACUGACAGACAGUAUGAAGAUGCCUUGAGAAACAAGUUUGCCUACCUAAAAUAAUGAGGAUCUACUCAUUAGGUAGAAAGAGUCAAAAUGCGCAAACCUACGCUCGGAUCUGAUUCGGAUCACCAGCUCUCCACGAUGAAUAAGUAAUGAUCAUCGCGACGUGGCAUAAUACAUGCGGAGAGAGCGGGUCGUAGUCCACUCUGGCAGAGAGACAGUGUUAAAAGUUCCAAAGAUCUUUCGAAACCCAACAAUUUGCAUCAAAUUGUAUAUUCCCCGGAAUCCGAACCAUUGUGUGGUUCAUGGGUUGAAUGAGGUAUCGAAAUCAGCAGCUUCCAGGAAAAGGAGCGAUGAUGCUGUAUACGCUAGAAAGGCGUGAAGGAUCGUGGGAGCCAUUUUAAGGAAGCUAGACCACCUCAUGACCAAAGAAGAGGGUUGAGUCGCUGCCAGCUCCAGAAAUGGAAAUUAGGUAAAAGUUGGAGGCAUACAACUGAAGGCAACCUCUGAACGAAAAGGUUCAAAGAAUAGAAAAAGCUUUACCUAAAAUCACUGGUCUCGAAAACGUACAAUUUCUGCUUAGCCAGGAGCAGUUCUCAUGGAGAAGGAACAUUUCCGCAGUACAUACCCAACGAGUCCAAAGACAGGACUCAUCAACAAAUACACAUGUACGUUGCUCGAGGCAGAGGGUAUAAGCGGAUAAGCCAGUAAAAGGCUUUAUACACGUCGAUAGCUAGUACUGACGGAUGAUCUCCGAACCAUGGAGAUGAGAAUCGCGACAAGGAAGGGUUUUCUAAACAAGAUCUUCAAUGGUGGAUAAAUCCUCGGUCCGAUCGAUGCUCGCGAGCACAUCGGCUUGGAGCAGGCAUUAAAUUGCCAUUGAAAUCGUUCGAAAUGGGUUCUAAGAGUUGAACGCCAGGAACAAAGGCUCAAGGCUCAAGGAAAAGGGAUACAGUACCGGUCACACCACGAAAGAAAAAGUGGGCAGGCGCACUUUCAAAAAUUCUCAUAACUGAGAAAAGUUUGAAAACAUCUCCUUGCGCUAGACAGGCAAACCACAAUGGUUUACCAAGGUGACGGGAGCCCGGCUAGUUCAUUAAGUAUAUCUGGUAAAGAGUACGCGUAAGGAACGAAGAGCUUUGAACAGAUGGGAAUGAGUCUCACUACGCAAAGCUCGUGAGAUCGGCUCACGCGAUCGGAUAGAUCACGUAUACGCCGAAUUUAAAGUUCAGACCAUAAGGGCAAACAGCUAUAAGCUAUGUGAUCGUUUCUACGUAUUAGGAUAUAAUAAAUAUUUUACUUCAACAACUACGUUGUCUAGCAAAAAUAUAACAAUAGCAUGCUUAUAUGCUGCUGAUUGAAAAAAAGAUAAUUUUUUGACUCUUUUUUUCACCCAUCAUCAACAGACUGAACUCAAGUAAAACACCAACAUUCUGACCACAAGGACAGUAGAUAUUUAUUGAAAAACGUAAGCAAAAGCACUGAGUAGUAUUUAAAAAAAAAUAUGAAAAAAACAUUUCAAAGCUGUAUUUCAAUGGGAAAAGACGGAGAAUUAAUCAGUUCUUUGCGAAUUUUUUCGACUGGACGGCAUCAAGAAAUAUCAAAAAAUCUUUUUUUUUUUCAAUAUGAGUAAGCUAUCGGAAAAAAGAUCAAAAGUCGAUUGAAAAAGCAAAAAGUAGUUGAAAAUUUAUUAAAACGAAUAAAUAAAAAAAUAAAAUGAUUGAUUGAAGUCUUAAUUUUGAAGGCGCUUGUUAUAUACACUACGACUCUUUUUUGACCAUUGUCAGAUCGCUUUUCGAAAAAAUGUUUUCCAGGCUCUCCGCAGACAGUUACUAUCGAUGGGAUACCGGCGGACGCUCUCAAGCCUGAUGUUUCCUAUAAGGUUCAGUUUUUCGUGUCUUUGAAAAAGGAAAAUCGAAAAUAUUCAGAUCUACGUGAGUGGUGAAACGCUGAGCUCACAAAUGAUUUUCGAGGAAGAAAAACAAAUUUCCUACCAUUCGAAAAGCCUUUCGACCUUCAUUCAAACUGAUCGCGCUAUUUACAAACCUUCGGCAUUGGGUUCGUUGAAAAUUUACUAUUACUGUACUCCGAAAUAUUUGUACCAAAUCUUUCUUUUCUCUCGAUUUGAAAAAAUUUUCGUCAAUUUCCCUAUGGCAUGCUGGAAAAGUCGCUUUCUUAUGAUACCUAUUUUGUAAUUUUUCAAAUUUUGAAAAAGUUUUUAGAGCUCUAUUAAGUUGUUAACCGUUCUAAAGUGAGUAUUUCUUCAUAGUUUGACAAGUUACGAAGACAGUUUUCAAAGGAUCUCAUCAAUAAAUUCUCAAAAUUUCUCUUUUCUUUCUGAAUUUGUUUAUUUUUUUGCCAUAAAAAAAUGAUUUCAAAUUUCAAGGAACACUAUAUUGCACUUGCAUAUUUUUAAUUUCAGUUGAAAAUUGAAAGUUUGACAGGAAAUUUAUUGAAAAACGUAAAAUCAAUAUUUGGGUUUUUAAAACUUAAAACGUACAUGAUCGAAGAUUCUACGCAUUUUGAACACUCAAAAAAUUUGGAACUAAAAAUAACUACAAAAUUUCUCAAAAAAUGGCCACUCAAGAAAGCGACUUGACUUUUCCGAUCUGGAGAAAGUCGAUAGUGUGUGAGAAAAAAAAAUCAUCUGACGUAUUUCUUCAUUCCGUUUUCAGUUCAAUUUCGCGUAAUUGUUGUUAAAUCGGAUCUUCGGCCGUUCUCCGGCAGUGUUACGGUGAAAAUUCUCGACCCCAAUCAGAAUGUUAUCAAACAGCAAGUUGAUGCACCUCUUGUCAAAGGUUUGUUCGAGAAGUAAAAAUUAAAAGAUUUCUUUUAGGAUGGCAAAUUCAAACCCCCUUCAAACAUCUAGAAAAAAAAGGAAGGCUUGAUGAAGGGAAUUUUGCUGUCUUUCUGCGACUUUUUUUUCUUUGAGUAUAGCGGCCAUAAUCCACCAUUCCGACUUUGCCCGAGAACUUAGUUUCUCAAAUCUUUAUCGGAUUUAGAUGCAAAAGAAAAAUAAAGUCUUCUAACAUCAUAAAAUAAGGAAAUGAUGUUUUUAGGCGUUAUCUCAAGUGACCUUCAAUUGGCCGAUGAGCCGCCACUUGGCGAAUGGACAAUACAAACGGAAACUUCCAGCGGAAUGCGUUUCCAGAAAACGUUUACCGUUGAGAAAGUAGGGUUCUCAAGAAAAAGACGAUGGGAAAAAGUCCUUUCAGUACGUCCUUCCCAAGUUUGAAGUCAGCAUCAAAACACCAUCUUUCAUCACUGUAAAUGACGAUUUGUCCGUUUUGAUCGACGCAAAGUUCGUUUUUCUUUUCUAUUCGCUUUUUGGAUUUAAAAAUUUCUCUAAAAAAGUUUUGAAAUAUCUGGAAAAACGUUUGAGGACUUUUUGAGAAUAAUACAAUUUUUUUUGAUGCUAGCUCACAUAACUGGAAAUUUACAUAAAUGGGAUUUUCGAAAGAAUGGAAAUUGUAGGUACACUUACGGGAAAGGCGUCUCGGGGAAGGCCAAAGUCACUUUGGAGUUGCCUUGGCAUCGUUGGCAUCCAGUUCCGCGGCCUAUCAACGAGGAUGGAACCACCGUUGAGGUUGAGAAAACUUCCAGAAUUUUCUUCUUUUAUGAAAAAAAGAAAUCGUUAAAAAAAAAACAAAAGAAAUCAAAUCCAGCUCGCGUUAUUGUUUCAUAACAGUUUAUCGUCGACCUAAAAAUUAUUGAAAAUCAAGGGUUUUAUAUUUUCAAAUGUAUGCCGUGUUUCAUACACUGCCAAAGUCGAAUGUGCGGAAAACGGGUGCAAAAAGGGAGUGACUGCAAAAUGGCCGCUAAAAGGGACCCUUUUUAGGGCCUUUAUUGAGCCUUUCAUUUUUGGUGGGCUGAAAAGGGUCAUAAAGGGACGAAAAAAGGGAGAGGCCGCAAAAAGGGUGAAGAAAGAGUGAGGGUGCAAAAGGGUCUUGAAAUUCUCUUCUAUUGAUAAUUUCCCAUUUCAUACUGUUGCAAAUUUUGGUUCAUACACAGUCCCUUGUAAAAAUUAUUCCUAAUUUAAAAAAAAAAAUUGUAUUCUCAAAAGGGUCCAAAAAGGGUGGAUGAAGGCCGAUGAAAGGACGCAAAAAGACAGUAAAAUGGAAACCUUUGCCACCCGCUUAGGAACAAUUAAUGGAAACAGACGGAUCUGUAACGGACGCUCAAAGGGCUCUCCGAGGGUCCAUAAAGGACCAUAGAAAUGUUCCUUUUAGAGUGAUGAAGGCUCUCUUUUUGCUGCCUUUUUGCUCCAUUUUCUCAGCCCUUAUGCACCAUUUUUGUUGCCUCUCCCUUUCUCCACUAUUUCUCGAGCUCAAAAUCCCAGAAAAAUGGAAGGCUCGAUAAAGGGAGUCUCUUUGCUCCCUUUCGCUGUCUUUUUGCUGCCUUUUGCUGCCUUUUUGCUGCCUUUUUGCUGCCUUUUUGCUGGCUUUCUGCGGCCUUUUUUGAGCCUCUCCCUUUUAGCGGCCAUUAUCCGCCAUUCCGACUUUGCCCGAGUUAAAGGUACUCCCUCAAAAUUAAAAACCAUCCAUGGCUCUCCACAAUUUAGUUAGGCGCAGACUUGUUCUGCGCCAUUUGGGUUUAGGAUGAGUUGGAAAAAAAAAAUGAGCGUUAGAGUGAAAUUUUCUCUAAAUCAAAUAUGUUGUAGAACACGAUUUCUAGGAUUUAAAAAAAAAAACCGAAUAUCAUUACUCGAGCCGUUUUCGAGAUACGGUGGCUCAAAGGGAUACGGUAGAACCCUUCGAAAAUCUAUAUCUUGACAAAAAUUCGACGAAACUCAACCAAAGUUUGUAAUAAGGUGCAAAAGAAAUUUAUGUAAUUUUGUAAAAAAAUGUAUUUACUCAUGCUUGCUCAUUAUUGCUCAUAUUAGAGGAUUUUUCUCAAAAUAAUCGAAACCAGUGUAUGACGUUGCGGUCCGGCGUUUUGUCUCGCUUCUAUCAACACUACAAAAAAAAAUACUCUCUCUAUUGAGCCAAACAUGGACUAGGGGAAUUUCCCAUCUAAGACCCGAAAAAUCCAAAAAACAUGUAAUUUUGGGUAAGAUUUCUCCGUUACGGUUACCAUAACGAGGGACAUAUACCAUUCUAGGUCAACUAAAAAAAUUUUUCCUAAAAAAAGUCAUUUUCAAAAAGACCAGGGAGGAGAAGGUUUCGUUUUAGGAUCGCAGUUAAAACACGUUUGAAAUUGUUAAAACUGUAUUUAGGAACUAUAUUUAGAUCCUAAUGAAGAGAUGAUUUCUUAAAAAUAAUUUAUAUAGGAAAGUGUAAAAAAAUUGUAAAAGUUGUAAGUUUCGAGCUUCGAAAAGAAUUGAAGGUAGUAAAUCACUAAGACAUGUUUUUUUCGGACAGUAAAUUUUUUCAAAAUUUGAGAUUUAAUUUCCAUAUCCAUGGACAUGUGUCUUCAGACAUUUUUUCCGCUUUCAGCACAUUAAAAUAUUUAAAGGCAUCCUGCCGAUGCCAACAAAACUCGGGAAACCCAAUCGCCAUCGUGGAGGAACCACGAAACAAAAGGAUUUGGGUUUCCCCCGGAGUUUUUCAACAUUUAAUCUACCUGAACUCAACAAAAGUUUGAAAAUUCAAUUCAUCGAAAAUUUUUUCACUGAAAAACAUAUUCCUAAAUUGUUUGCCAAAAAAACUUGAGUUUUUCUGUCAUUAAAAGCUUUAUUAAUUGAGGCCUCAAAAGGUUAGACAUUCGAGUUAAUCAAAAUAUGAUUUUUGAAGCUUAUUUUCAUGAUGAUGAUUAAUUAAUUUUCAGUAAGGCACACAAUUUGGGAAUAUGUUUUUCAGUGAAAAAAUUUUUGAUGAGUUGAAUUUUCAAACUUUCGUGGCUCCUCCACGAUGGCGACUGGGUUGUCUUUUCUUUCUCUGACAGCUACUCCUUUUUUAAAAUCUCCGAAAUUAUGUUUUAACAUUCGUAUGAUUCGAACAAUUUUCUAAGGUCGAGUUAUGGCUUUAAUUAGACUCACUCCACCACAGCUAUAUUUUGCUCUACUUUCGACUAUAGUUCAUUAUUUGGCCUUUUCAUAUGUAUCACCCCCUCCGUUUCUCAUGAUUUUUUCUCAUUCUUUUACUCAACGAAUUCAUCGUUUUUAGCUGUAACUUCCAAAAAAAAACUUGACUGCUCUUUCGGAUUAAUGCAGAAACAUCGAUUCUGAUGUUGCGGCGCCCUUUAGUCGUAAAAAAAAGUUUGAGAACCGAAACGGCUACAUGUUAGUUCGUUGAUAUUUUUUUGCUUUACUAUUUCUUUUUCAAUUUUGUCGCGUGAUAACCGAUUGGGAAGGAACAUUUAAAAGGAAAUGAAGAGCGUUAUGCGUAUACAUUUUAAUCACAAUAUGAGCUGUUACUGUUUAAUGUUUUUUGUUAAAGUCGAAAGGGUAAAACUUACAGUCGGAAGAAGAAACUCUUGUGGAACGAACCGUCAAGCUCAAUCGACAAGGAGAAGCUGCAGUCGUUUUUAAAAAUGAUGAACUCAAGCGCCACAAACUGCUCCAUGUCCGUUCAACCUACUCAAGCGAAUGAUCGAAUAAUUAUUUGCUUUAAAGGACUAUGGCGGUGGAAGUGUUCGUAUUAUCGCGACGGUCACCGAAGAUUUGACAGAGACGCAGAGAAACGCGACGCAUCAUGUAGGACUGUUUGAAAAGAUUCUUCUAAAUUCUGAUGCUGUUUGAAAAGAUCUAUCUAAAGUCUGAAACAAACUCUUUCAAGGGGAAAUGCGAAAAGACAACAUUUUCAAUCAGAAAUUCAAACAAUAAAUCUCGUAUCAGAUGAAAAUCGUAAAAAUUCCAUUUUGCAUAACUUUCAAUUACUCUGAGAGAAGGGCUUCCAAGGGUCUGUAGGAUGACCCAUUCAAAAAUUUAGAGUGUUUGUCUUAAUGCGCUUCUGCGCAGGUCCAGUCUCCAAGAUUUCUACCAGGAACAUCAAAAAGCCAACUGGUCAACUUUUAGGAAAUUCUCAACCGAUAAGAAGUGAUCACCCUUGUUAAAACAUCAGAAAAAAUAAAUCAAAGCGCCAGAUGAGGCGAAUACCCCACUUUUAUUGUUUAUUUUCGUCUCUGAUUGAUGAAAAAUGUUAGUAGCAUUGGCCAACGUCCUAAAAGUUUAGAUCUCAACCUAUCGUGAGGAGGUAAAGCUGGACUUAGAGAAGCAGGGCGACACUUUCAAGCCUGGCCUCACUUACAGCGUUGUGGUGGCGCUGAAACAGAUGGAUGAUACUCCGGUGAAAGCAUCGCUGCCUCGCCGGGUUCAGGUUCGUUCGAAGCUAAAACGGAUCUGAACAGUUUCAACGAAAUUUGGGGGAGUCUUGAAAAAAACAAUUUUUUCGACCUCUGAAAAGAAGUAUUUAGAAGAUUGUUUCCUUUAGGGCUCAGAAGCGUUACUAAUCUCAAGAGAACACCUAAUAAGAAGCCGCUUUUUCUUAUAUUUUUUUCUCUUUUAUGAUAGUUUUUCGAUAAAUUUCAGUUUUUAUGACUUUGAAAAAAAUUAUUUGAACGCAUAAAUUCAUUAUCUUUUCCUAUGUCUGCCUCUUAUACGUGUGAUAGUCUUGGUGGGACCUAAAAAAAGGGAGGACCUUGGCAAAAAAAACAGGAAAAGAGGGUUGGCAAAAACCUUUUUAAAAAAAUCAAAAAAAUCAUUUUUGUAAAGUGCUUGGCAUUGAGUGAAGGGGGGGCAGGGGCUUGGCUGUCGCCAGUCAUGCUCAUCCCAUGUUUGCUGUCUCUCAAAAUCUAUUGUUUCUGCUUUUCUUUCGUCAAAAUGUUUUAACUCGAUUUCUUGGUUUCACUAAUGAGGAGAAUUAGAUGAGUUACAUGGAAUUAUUAAAAAUGAAUUAACGAAAAGUGAAUAAAGUCGCCAAAUACAGUAUCGCUCAAAAGUCUAUUAACUUUUUGGUUUUUUUGAGGAUAUCUCAGCGAGUACUCAUCCGAUUUAUAUAUAACUUUCAGGGAUAAUGUAAAAUAUACUUUGAAACAUAUACGGUAUACAAAGACAUGUCCGCAAUGACUGUGACGCGUUUUAGGCAUUUUUUUAUUGAAUUCCAUUUUUUUGUUUUUUUAUGCUUUUUAUUUUUUUAUUUAUUUUUUUAUUAAAUUUUUUUAAAAUUAAUAAUGUUGCCAUAUGAUUUUUUUCAUGUUUUUCAGACAUGGGAAGAACCUUUGGAAAUAAGAAUUUGACUGAUAACGACAAAAGAGCCAUCGUUGUGGGUCGUCAAAAUGGACUGACCAUGAUGACGUUGGCAGGAAUGUUCGGCGUGACAAAGGCGGGCAUUUCUCAGUUCCUAAAGCGUCAGAAAGCUCAAGAUGGCUCUACUAACAGCCAACGCACUGGAAGAACACGUGUCACUGAUCGUAAUGACGAUAGGAACAUUUUGAAGACGUCUAGAACCAAUCCAAGACUCACCGCCCCUGCGAUCAGACGGGAAGUUUUCUUGAAUUCGCCAUCUCCGCCAUCCGUCUCGACCGUGAAACGACGUCUGAAUGCUGCUGGAAUCAUGGGAAGACGUCCAGUGAAGAAACCGCUGAUUUCUGAAAAGAAUCGAGUCGCCAGGGUGAAGUGGGCGAAGGAGCAUCUCAACUGGACCCGUCAAGACUGGAACAAGAUUCUGUGA